AUGUACCGAGACCUUCAUGAGUUAUACUGGUGGUCAGGUCUUAGGCGUGAGGUUACAGAUUUUUUGGGUAAAUGUCUGACCUGUCAACAGGUUAGGGCUGAGCAUCAGUUACCUUCGGGAUUGUUGCAGCCAGUCAAGAUUCCACUUUGGAAGUGGGAGUAUAUCUCACCGUGUAAGAAGGUACUGAGAUUUGCUCGCAAGGGCAAGUUGAGCCCCAGAUUUAUUAGACCUUACCGUGUGCUUAAGCAAGUGGGACCAGUUGCUUACCAGUUAGAGCUACCUCCAGAGUUAGAUCAAAUUCACGACAUUUUCCACGUCUCAAUGUUGAGGCGCUACCGCUCUGAUCCCAUGCACAUUGUUCCUGUUGAGGUGAUUAAGGUAAGGCCAGAUUUGACCUUCGAAGAGGAGCCAGUGCAGAUAUUAGAGCGAGAUGUAAAUGUUCUAAGAAGAAAAUCCAUCCCACUGGUUAAAGUUCUCUGGCGUAAUCAUAGCACCGAGGAGGCCACGUGGGAGCCUAAGGAUGCUAUGCAUCAGCAGUAUCCCCAUCUAUUCUGA